AUGAGCGAUUUAGAUGACCCAUUGUCUGGGCAGCAGCAACAGCAGCAGCAACAACAACAACAACAACAACAACAACAACCUCCAACACAAAUCACACCACGCAGUUCCCUCGGUUCGGGUGCCCUUUCGUACAGCAACUCCUCCAUCUCACCGUCGACAAGUUCGAGCAGCUCGGGUUCGGCCAAAUCCGCCGUCAGCGAGUGUUUGGGAGCAUGGCUAAACUAUCUGCAGAUUAUGAACAAUUUGUGUGCGGCCGGUUACCGGUUAGCGCAAACCAUUGCCGCUCUCGAACCCUGGGCGUAUUUUGAACAGCCAAGUUCUACAGGUGGUGGUGGACCAUCAUCCGUGGGAAGCAAUCCUUCCUGUGGCCCUUCUCCGCCACAGUCUCAACAGCAACAGGCAGGCCCCCAAAUACCACAACUUCCCUUCACAACUUCUCAGAUUCCAUCACACAUGGCCUUUCAGUUUAUUACGGCCUGGGAUGAACUGGCUCGGGCGUCCGUCAUGGCAACGAGCACGGUUAAAUCGCAUAUCGUAAGCGUGCUGCAGGAUUUCAAGACUCAACCGCUCGCUAUGGUAGAGCAGGAAAGCGAACUGCUACAUAUCAAGGAAUACAAUCAGCUUAUCCUGCAAGAUAACGCACAAACAAUGAUUAAUCUGCAGCAUCAGUUCUGCGUCGCUUCCUGUGAUGCGUUUGCACAGCUGAUGUGCUGCUACCAGUGCCAAACGCAGGUAGGAUUUCCACACGAUCCCGACUGCCCGAUGAUGCAGCAUCCGAUGUCGGCCGCUGCAACAAUUGCCCGAACCGGUGGCGCAGCGGACCAACGCUCCCAAACUCCGUCGCCCCACUUCGGUAUGAAAAUGCAAGAAAAUGCCCGACUGUACGAUCGAACGGGAUCGAUCUCGACGCAGGGUUCGUCCUCGGAACACGGUACGACGGCGUACGAACAAACGCGAGGUCCAUCCCCGCACGAUAUCCGCGGACCGAGCCCAAUACAGGGAUAUUUGGAUAAUAUACGCGGGCCGCUCCCAAACCCUGGUCAUCUAUCGGGCAUGAAAGCGCCCUUCUAUCGAGGGUCACGAUCGCCGUUGAAUUUUCCGCUCUUCACACUAAACGGACAGCGGCGAUGGUCGGAAGCAGCGGCGGGCGAAGUUAAUUCCGAGGCGGCACUAGACCCCGAAAGUCAAAUGCGCCGCUGGUCGAUGCCUUGGGAAGCGAAGGCGGAUAAAUCCACCGUGCACUGGAACCAAACGCGGCUGAUGCCGAUCUCGAAACUUGCCGUGCCGGCGUCCGGUCCAGGACCGACGCCAAAAUCUUCGCUGGGCGAUCGCAGCCAAAGCACAACGCCUGACUCUACCUGGCAUUCGUCAAUCACCAGCCAGGAUGGGUUGGUGGAAGCGAUACAGUUGCUAUCCUGUCGACCAAUUCACCGGAUGCAACCGAUGAUGAUGAUGGCACCGCCCAACAUUGGACCACCGUUUGUCGAGGAACCAUCCGGGAUGCAGCAACAAGAAUCUCACAAUCCACCUGGGCUGUACGGUAUCUGGACGCAGCAGAAUCCUCCCAGUGCCAUCCUACGCCAGUCUACGGCGGGCACAAUGCAACAGGACCGAAUGAUUCCACUGAUGAACUACAUUCGUGAGCAGGAUUCAUCUAUUGACGAACAUCCACCUAACUAA